AUGGCCUUGAAGGGGCCGUUGGAAGUCAAUGACCUGGCGCUGCUACAAGCUGUGCAGUUGACCAUCCAAGCCGUAUCUCGCUUGCGCUGCCGCCUUUCCGAGCUGAUGGCUCAUGUGAAUGCUGCGUCGGAGACGAAGACCCUGAUGCUGGUGAAAGCAGCGGGUGUUCCACUCGGCUUCACCGUGCGCUACAACCCGCAAGCCUUGGUAGUCACUUCUGUGCUGACGGAUUCCACCAUGGAACAGUGGAACCUCCGCAACCCCAAUGAUCAAAUCCUCCAGGGCACCCGGAUCAAGAGCAUCAACGGUGAGCGAAGCAUUCGGGGAAUGCUCAGCGAGCUGCAAAAGGCCACCGAUGCCACCGCAGUCUUGUUCGAGGUAUUCCGUGAACUCUAUGAAGACCUGCUGGAGCAGAUGGCCUCCUCCUUGAAGCCCAGAGAGACGCUCUCGUGCGAGUCCGUGGAGUCUCUGCAUUGCCGGUCUGCAACAGGGUGUGAAGACGACUGUGCGAUCUGCCUUGGCGAGUGCAAGGUGGGUGACGAGGUUAUCGAGCUGCCCUGUGGCCAUGUCUACCAUCGGGAGUGCGUAGGGACCUGGCUCACAAAGUGUUCGAAGUGCUGUCCGCUCUGCAUGCAAGCCGUGACGCCGCUCUCAUCUAUGAAGAGCUGCCAGAGCUGUGAUGAGCACUCCGAUGCUGGGCUGAUG